AUGGGCAAAACUAAGCAAAAAAAAAAAAACUAACAAUAAGAAAAUGAUUCUUAUUAAAAUAAUAUUGAAGAAAGUCCUACUAAAAUCGAAAAAAUGCAGAAUUAAAGAAACUCUCCAUUAGAAACAAGAGAUAAUUAAAAAUUUCUAUCAAAUAUGUCUAGCCCUGACCGCUCUUAAAAGUACAAUUAAGAAUCUUAUGAUAAAUAUACAGUUUCUUUAGUAAGUAAAGUAGAAGAUAUUCUUUUAAACUAUCAUAGAAAUAUGGAUUAAGAAAUAUAGUAGAUAUCAGAUAAGUAUAAUGUAAUGAUAAAUGAUACUGUACAAUAACUUAAAGAUUAAAACUAAGUGCAUUAAGACUUUUUAGAAACUCCAAAAUAAUAAAAGUAUUUUUUCAUAGAAAAAUAAUUUAAAAUUAACGAAAGUCUUUUGAGCAAAUUACUAAAAAUAUCAGAUUAUAGAACCUUGUAUAAUAUUACUAUAGCUUCAAUGACUGCUCUUGCUCUUAAUUUGAUUUUUGUUGAUUAUUUUGAAAAAGGAUAACUUUUAGAUGUAGAAACUUUAUAUUGGUGUUUUUCUGGAUUCAAAGAUAUAAUUUUACCUUGGUUUGAACUUACAGCUUUAUCUUUUUGUAUUAUUCCUUUUACAAAAUGGAUUAUUGAAUAUAAGAUUAGUAAAUAUAUAUGGAUACCUAUCUAUAUUUUAAUAAUCACUCUUUGUACAUUUAUUGGAUGCAAUACGUGUGUAAAAUAUAAUUUGGGAAUGGCAAGUGCUUUAACAAUAUAAAUUGAAAUGGUGAGAAUAGGUUUAAAAAUGCAUUCUUAUAUUAGAAAUAAAUUACUUUAUUGUAUCACUGAUAACUAAUAUAGAGAUUUUAUUCCUGAAGAGUUUUAAAAAAGAGGUAUGACAUUGAAAGAUUUGUACUAACCAAAAUACAAUAUGUUAGAUUUAUUCGGAGAAGUAAAAAGAUUUGCUUAUUUUUUCGCUGCACCAACAUUAAUAUAUAGAGAUCAAUAUAUUUACUCACCUAAAAGAUGCUUAAGGAAUGCAUUUUUUCAUUUUUUGAAUUUCUUUUUAUGUAUCUAUUUCGGCUUUAUAUUGUUUAAAACUUUCUGUAAGGAUUAAAUCAUAUAAAUGACAACAAACUUUAGUUACUCAUCUUUUAUUAUUUGUCAAUUUAAACUUAUUAUGCCUUCUACAUUUUCUAUUUUCUUGCUUUUCUUUGGACUUCUUCACUCUUGGUUUAAUGCUUGGGCUGAACUUUUGAGAUUCCCCGAUCGUACAUUUUAUAUGGAUUGGUGGAAUUCUGAAGAAUUUGGUACUUAUUAUAGAAAAUGGAAUAUUGUAGUACAUGAGUUCUUAUUUUAUUAUGCUUAUGGUGAUACUGUUAGAUUCUCUAAAGGUAAAUAUGGAAGAGGAGUUGGAAUGUUUAUUACUUUCUUUACUUCUGCCAUUAUUCAUGAAUUAAUUCUUUCUUUUGCUAUUGGAUACUUCUUCCCUAUUCUUUUACUUGUUUUUGGAGGACCAGGUAUAAUUCUUAUUUAAAAUUAAAAAAAAGUAACGUCUAAAAAUUUCAAUAUUGCUUUCUGGUUAUUAAUGUAUAAUGGUACUUCACUCAUUAUUACUCUUUAUUUAACUGAAGAUUGGGCUAGAAGAAAUGUUAAUGAUUCUAUUAUCAAUUAAUAAUGGGGUAUUUUCGCCUCUUUGAUUCCUAGAAUCCUUUAUAUUAAUUAUAAUAAUAUUAAAGGAUGAACUUUUUUUAUUUUAUGUAUCAUUUAUUUAAUGUUUGAUAUUUAUAUUUUUAGUAUUAUCAAAUUAUUAUAAUUGUUAAAAAAAUAAAUAAUAAUUAUUUUUUAAAUAUAUUUAUGAAAUA